GCCGCCGCUGCCUAUGGACGAGCAUCUCAGCCUCCUGCACUCGCCUCCGCCACCCUCCGUCCGCCACCGCGCCCACCCCUCGGCGCAGCCCCAGCCCCAGCCCCAGCCGGGUGGCGGCGGCGGCGCCCACACCCUGGUCAACCCCGGCUACAUCGAGCCCGCCGCGGGGACCGCCGCCAGCCCCGAACUGCCGCCCGGCAUGACCGUGGUACCGGGGGACCACCUGCUGGAGCCCGAGGCGGGCGGCCCGCCGCCGGGGGGCUGCGGCGGCUGUGACCGUGACCGUGACCGUGACCGUGACCGCGACCGCUAUGAGCCGCUCCCGCCCGCCGGGCCGCCCGCAGGGGCGGGCGCGGGCGGGGAGCAGGAGUGCUGCGGGGAGCGGGUGGUGAUCAACAUCUCCGGGCUGCGCUUUGAGACGCAGCUGAAGACCCUGUGCCAGUUCCCCGAGACGCUGCUGGGAGACCCCAAGCGCCGCAUGAGGUACUUCGAUCCGCUCCGCAACGAGUACUUCUUCGACCGCAACCGGCCCAGCUUCGACGCCAUCCUCUACUACUACCAGUCCGGGGGCCGCAUCCGCCGGCCCGUCAACGUGCCCAUCGACAUCUUCUCCGAGGAGAUCCGCUUCUACCAGCUGGGCGAGGAGGCCAUGGAGAAGUUCCGAGAGGACGAGGGUUUCCUCAGGGAGGAGGAGCGGCCCCUGCCCCGCCGCGACUUCCAGCGCCAGGUGUGGCUACUCUUCGAGUACCCUGAGAGCUCGGGGCCGGCGCGGGGCAUCGCCAUCGUGUCGGUGCUCGUCAUCCUCAUCUCCAUUGUCAUUUUCUGCUUGGAGACGCUGCCCGAAUUCCGCGACGAGAAGGAUUACCCGGUGCCCUUGUCGCCAGACACUCUGGAAGCCGCCAACAACAGCACGUCGGGCUCGCCGGCGGGCGCCUCCAGCUUCUCGGACCCCUUCUUUGUGGUAGAGACCCUGUGCAUCAUCUGGUUCUCCUUUGAGCUGCUGGUGCGUUUCUUCGCCUGCCCCAGUAAGGCCACCUUCUCCCGCAACAUUAUGAACCUGAUUGACAUCGUGGCCAUCAUCCCUUACUUCAUCACCCUGGGCACUGAGCUGGCCGAGAGACAGGGCAAUGGACAGCAGGCCAUGUCCCUGGCCAUCCUAAGGGUCAUCCGGCUGGUGCGGGUCUUCCGCAUCUUCAAACUCUCCCGCCACUCCAAGGGGCUGCAGAUCCUGGGGCAGACCCUGAAGGCCUCCAUGAGGGAGCUGGGGCUGCUCAUUUUCUUCCUCUUCAUCGGGGUCAUCCUCUUCUCCAGCGCCGUCUACUUUGCAGAGGCAGACGACCCAGCUUCUGGGUUCAGCAGUAUUCCUGAUGCUUUCUGGUGGGCAGUGGUCACCAUGACCACCGUAGGUUAUGGGGAUAUGCACCCGGUGACCAUCGGGGGCAAGAUUGUGGGAUCGCUGUGUGCCAUCGCUGGUGUCCUGACGAUCGCCUUGCCGGUGCCAGUCAUUGUUUCCAAUUUCAACUACUUCUAUCACCGAGAGACGGAGGGCGAAGAGCAAGCCCAGUAUAUGCACGUGGGGAGCUGCCAGCAUCUCUCCUCUUCAGUCGAAGAGCUAAGGAAAGCUCGGAGUAAUUCGACUCUGAGUAAGUCAGAAUACAUGGUGAUCGAGGAGGCGGGUAUGAACCAUAGCACCUUCCCCCCAGCCCCCUUCAAAACGGGCAACUCCACGGCCACCUGCACCACGAACAAUAAUCCCAACUCGUGUGUCAACAUCAAAAAGAUAUUCACCGAUGUCUAAUACAUGAUACUAGUGAUAUGCUAUGCUUAGUAUUGUGUGGAACGUGCCCCAUUGGUCUGUGUAUGCCCUCGUUUUUAUACAUUUCCAGACCAUUCAUCCGGAGAAGAAUAUGGAAAAUACACUUCCUUCAUCCACCCCGCCCCUGUCCCAUGUUGCUUCGUACCAAAACAGGUGUCUUUUGCAAAUGGGCUGCGUUUCCUCUGCUCCCCAUUUUUUCUUUCUUUUAAUCUUGCAAAUAGCGGAAAUGCUGUUUGUGACUUAGUUUUGGUUUCUAGUACGCUCUGAAACAAUGAAACGUGUAGGUGGGGAGGGGAAUUAAAAGUGCUUUUAGGGUAACUGGUUUAACUACAUAAUUAAAGGCAGUUGUUGGGUGUGUUAUUUUUUGUUUUUGUUUUUUUUAACCAGUCAGUGGGAGGACCUUCUAGCAUUGUUUAUUGUGCUUGUAGGUAAAUUGCCUAGCCUAAAGGAUCGAUCAAUUAAAUUCUAAUUAGUGCAAUGGUUUGUAAACCCGUUGUAAAUUUAUUCAGUUUCUAUCUGAACUCUCCGUUUGAAAUCCCCCUCCUCAGAAUUACAUGUCUCUAAAAUUUCUGAAGAAAAUGCUUUCUCCAACUCAAGAUUGAAUGAUUUGAUUAACUGUAGUUUAACCCUGUGGACUGCUUAAGUAUUUGGAAAGCGUUAGAUUUAAUAUUUAAAUCGUUGUGAAGAAGUUCUGUUCACGCCCCCCUAGCCAAAACCAAUCAUAGUCUAGAAACAGAGAUGUUUUCAGUGCUGCUGAGAGAAACGAAAGAUUUUUUUUCCCCCUAAUGCAUCUGAGAGAUAAGCUUCUGCAAUAUCACAAGAAGAUUAAAGUGACAGACACCCCUUCCAGCGGAAGUUACUAAUUCGGACCUGAGUGAUGCAGUUCCUAUAGCAACCGCCGUUUCCUGGGAAACCCGAAAAAGGUUGUCAUGGCAUCUCUCUCUAGCCCCACCCCCUGCUUCCCCUUGCUGUUUCCACAGUAACCUUUUCCAGAUGGUUCCUCCUUACACGAUUUCACAGGAAAACCGCUGUUUGAGUAAACUGCACAAAGAAAGUUAAUCUUAGAUAAUCUGAGGUGUGGGUACUAGGAAUCAUCAAACUUUUUUAUGUGAAAAAGAAAUCAUUGGAAUAAUCCAAGUAUUCACUGAAUCAAGAAAGAAAAUUAUCAUCUUUGGAAUGUUAGCUAUAUAAGCCACGGUGAGACGUGUCCUGAAUCAAACACCUGUUAAUAGGCAAUAAUUUUAAAAGACACUGCCUCCAGUUUUCCCACCUCAAGAAAUUUCUGUCAGAUAAAUGAAAUUGGAGAGCAUAUUUCAUUGUGUCUGAUACUUAUGCAAAUUAAAGAUUCAAUUAGUGCACCUUAAAAAAAACUUAUAAUGACCUCCAAAGUUCUCUUUUAAAAGAAAUUACUCAGACCCCAACAACAAUUAACACGGUCUGAACUGCACAACAUUGGAAGCGCUAGCUAAACCUUUAAAAUGCAAAACAUUCAAGUUUAAAUGGGGGAAAAUGAAAGACUAUUGAUAAAGAGGAGGGAAAGGAAGUAACCAAACCUUGGGGAAAAUACCUGCCUGUUUCAACUACAAGCCAGGGGUUGCCAGACAGCAGAUAGAAUCAGCCCUUCUAAGCUCUUCCCACCUUUCAGCUGUGAAUAAAAAGUGAAAAACCCUCCCAUGUGAGAAUUACCAGGCACUAUGCACACCUUCUUCUGCCCCAAGUCUGAAAACUUGGGAAACAGGAUAAGAUACCAUUACAAAUUUGGGAUAUCUGAAGAAGCCUCACAUAAGAGCUGUAGAACUGUACUGUGAACAGUAAGAUAUUCAUUUUUUUUUUCAUCACAUAGAUCAAGAAUGCAAUGACUGUGAUGGAUGGAUAUCUGCCUGCUUGCACACGUCUUUGUUUUUAUUGGCAUAAAACAAUUUUCUAAGUUACCCGUGUUUUCUAACAAGUGCAUUAUGUAGAGGGAACAGCCCUGAACCUGGAGGAUUAUCUUCAAAUCAUGUGCAAUAUAAGAGACUGAUGAAGGACAAGAAAGAAAAAAAAAUAUUAUUUUUACAUCAUUUCAACCUUUUGAAUACUUGCUGAAAUAUAAGUGUUCAGAAACUUAAAAAUCAGUGCUGCUAAUAAAGAAAGCCUAAAUGUUUGGUUUGAAAAGAUCAGCUGUUACUGUUUUCUUUCAUAAUAAACCUAAGUAUUGUCUUUAAUGCUAAGAUAUUAAUGUUAUGUUCUGUUUUCUAUGUAAAAUUUUAUUUAUGAAAAUAUGUAUUAACCAAAGGCUCUCUUAUUUCUAUUAACCCAAUUUCACAUAAAGAAAUAGCAGAGUCUAUACUGUGCCCUGAGUAAGGGCAUUAAAGACAGACUUGCCUAAAAGAAAUGUGCCUUGCUUUUUGAAGCAAACUCCAUGUAUUCAUUUUUUUUUAAAAUUCAAAACAGUAGAUUUGCAAAUUAAUCUUGUCAAUCUGGGACUCCAACUUAGGUAUUAACUAUUCUAAACCUUAUGAAAGCAUGUAUAGUACUUACUAUACUUUUCAUCUGGACUAAAAAGCAUAGUAUUUAGUUAUAAUUUUAAAUAAUGAAUAGUUAAUAUCAAUUACUCAACUCUUAUUUUCCAUGGGAUGUUAGAAAUGGAACUUUUGAGAGAGAAGUAAAUGCAAUAUUUCACCUGUCUUUAAGAGUAAUUACUUCAAAAGUAUACCCAUGAAAGUCUAACUUUUAACAUUUUUAUUUUCUGCAUUUACAAUUUUUUAAGAAAUGAAAUUUUUUUGCAAAAAGAAGGCAAAGUUUUGUCUGGGUAAGGAUGGUCAAUAAUCAUCAAAUUGCUUCCCAUUUUGUGGCAGUUCACUUCUGUCCCAUCCUUACAUGUUCACUGUGACAUUUCAGCAAAAUAGUAGCUAUUUGUACCUUAUUUUAUAGGCCUUAUGGAAAGGCUAACCAUGACUGUAUAGUAUAAAGAAGACUCUUUCUUCUUGCCCAUAUUUCUUUUUGCAAACAUAUCUAGACACCCACAUAAAUAUAUCCAUUUUUUGCUACUGAAAUGGCACAUAAACUUACUUUUUAAAAAUGUACAGAACUAGAAAAUGUUUAUUUUGGCUUGAAAAUUGAGGCUUCAUUUAUAAUUCCCUUUGAUUUCCUUUAGAAAGAACUGUAGUUGCAGAAUUUAAUUGUUAAAACAGUUGUUAAAAUUGUUGAAGUCUAGUUGUUUUUACAGAAUCUGAAAUAAAUAUCACUUGUCUUAUAGGAGCCAUCUCAGAUGGAGCAGUUGAAACUGGAAUAGAUGAUUUAAAAGCAUGCCCACUAACAGAAAAGAUGGCCUAAGCAUGUGGUUUUGUGCAGUUUCCCCAUGUGGUUACAGGUGGAAAACCCAAUGAAAUGCUGAUCAUUUCUUUCAGGGCAUUAUUUGAACCUAGAUUAGUAUGAUAACAAAAUAAAAAGAAGGACUGGUAAUUUUCUGGCAAUUUUGAUGUAGGUGGCCGUACUGUCUGAGUAAUUUAGUAUUAAAAUUAAUUUCACUCCCCCCCCUUCAUUGUGCAUUGUGUUGGCUGUUACAGAUGUCGACUUAGAUGGUGGCACAGCCAGUCUGUCCUAGCUAUCUUCAGAAGGUAGCCUGGAAUAAGGAUAAGAGCACCAGACAUGGAGUCAGCUAGCUGAGGUUAAAAUCCUUGGCUUUGUUACUUCAGCUAUGUGAACUCGGAAAAUUCACUUAACCACAGUGAACCCCAGUUUCUUUGUGAGUAAAAUGGGGCUUAUGACAUUUUAAUUACUGACCUCAUGGGGUUGUUGCAUGUAAAAGUGCUUUGUAAACUUUGAAGCACUAGAUGUGAGCUGCGAUCCUUUACUGGCCAUCACAAACUAAUCAAUCACAUAACUCUCCAUAAUAACUGGUUAGCAUGGCUGAAAUGAACAAACUACUCAUACCGUGGUAUAGAAUUGGCUUCAAACUGUGCAAGUAAAUAUGCUUAUAUCUGGAUCUCCAUCUCCAUCUAUCUGCAUCUCUAUAUCUAUGGAGAUAUCUAUACUGAUAGCGAUACAUCUAUCUAUAUCUAUAGUCAUAUCUAUAAGUAUUUCUAUAAAGGUAGAUAUUGUAUAGAUACCAAUAUUGAUGUAGAUAGAGAUAGAGAUAUAGACGUCCCAAAAUGGCUCAAAUAUAGACAAAGCUUUGUCAGAGUAACCUCAAACUCGCUGGAAAAAGAGUACGUUGUCUCUGAUGAAAUUAAAUCCUUAUCUAAAUUAUUCUCAAUAAUUUUUCUUCUCAAAUGGAACAGUUUUACUUUGGAAAUCAAACAAUUCACUGAACUCCUUUCUAAACAUUUAAUUCAUGUAUUUAUGAACAUGUGACAGGACAAGUAUUUGUCAACAGAUCUGCUAAUAAAAAUCAAUAUAGUUGUCACCAGAAGGAGCAGCCCAAAGAAAGAGAAUGAGAAGGGACUGAGGGAACAAAGGGGCUAUGUCUAGAAAGAUGGUUUCAUCUCCCUUUGGGGAAGAGGAAGUGAAGAAGAUGAAAAGAAGGUUGGGAUUCCCAGAUUAAGGUAUUUCUUAGGUAAAUAGAUUGGGUAGCAUUUAAAUAAAGUUAGAUAAAGGAUGAUUCCUACAAUGGCACAAGAGAGGGCGAUCUUCACUUAUAUUGAUUGUUAACUCUAUUCUGAAAGACAUUUUGGUGAGCCCUAAGGGCUAACAAAAUGAAAUUGAUGAGGUUUUUGAAGUGUAGUGCCUUCAUAUGCAGUCCUCUGAUAGGUUAGAAUUACUGAAUGUGAUAUUAUUAGUGUUGUCUCAAUGUGCAACACCUGUGUGCUUGUAGCUCUCUCUGCAUAAAGUAAUAAUAGCAUUUCUAUGCCACUUAAUUGCUUACAAAGCACUUUUCUCACAAUAACUCUGUGAGGCAAGGAGGGACAAUACACAUUUAUUGGGCCCAUGCAAUCAUAGAGCUCUUGUUUCUCAAUUCCUUGACUUCCUGCUCUGCUCAACACCUGUAGACAAAAAGUACCACCUCCUCCCUUACUGACUCCCUUUAAUGACUAUUAUGGUAGAGCCUGGGGCAUGGGGGGGGUGCUAGGAAGAUGUAGUUUUCAAACACUAUAUAACCCCCAACCUUAUUGCACCAUAGUUGCCUCUCAGAUAACAUUAGGAAAAGGGGGAGAGGUGCCUGUAGAUCCCUAGGAUGGUCACCUGAGCUUCUAGAAGGUCAGCGAAGAGGAACAAAUAAGUGAUACCAGCUUGAUAAGCUCUUACAGCAAAUAUGUUAUGUAGCUUCCUAAACUGUGUGACUUCAAGCAAGUCAUAUAACCUCAAAGGGCUUCAGUUUCUUCCUCUAUAAAUCAACAGACCCGAAUCAUUGCUCUCUGAUGUCCCUACCAGCUCUAAGAUUCAUUCUGAUUCCAGAAGUUUGCAGUGCCCUGAAAAAUAAUUUUGUCAAAGGUUUCCUUUAUAUUUCUGAAAUCUUAAUAUUCAAAUUAAAGAAAAAUUGGGGAAAACAAGCAUAUAAAGUGUUGGCUGGAUGUAGGAUUUCAGAUCUGUAGACAGGACAGAAAUUCUUCUAACCCUUUUUUUUUAAUCUUCUACCACUGACCUACAUGACAGAAGAUGGGGGUGGGAGGUAGCAGGGCCACUGAUUUAAUAGGAAUAAGGGAACUCUGGUGAGGAAACUCCCUCCACUAAAUCAAUACUCUCUUUGCAAUUUGCAUGACCUUGAACAAAAAAAAAAAUCACAUAAUAUCAAGAUAAUGAAGAUGGUAUCUCUUAUCUGAUUUAGUUCAGUUACAUGUUAAGGUACUUUAAAAUCCCUAUGAGAAAUGCAAGAAAAACACACAGAUUUGGUGAAAAUACAGUUGAACCAUGCUUUAGGCAAGCCAAAAGGGAAAAAGAUAAACCAGGGAGUUGUUAAGCAUUUUUGCUUUAUGUAGGAUUCACCUUAUGCCAUCUUGAUUCAAUUUACCCCAUCUAUUCAGAGAGCCAUCCUUGUUUUCUCCCCUUUUACCAUUCUCUCUCUCUCUCUCUCUCUCACACACACACACAUACACACACACACCACAAGGGUUUCAUAAAUAUUUUACAUCAGUCAUAACCUGACAAUUUUUAAAAAGUUUUAGAAUGAAAACAUAUUAGAAAUUUAGCUAUUUAUAUUCUUAUUUUUAAAAAAAUUGGCAGCAUUGAUAUUUAGUGAUUCCAGCAUUUAAAGAGACAAUGAAAUAAGACAAAUGCACUUAGUUGAAUUUGUAGCAUUCUUAUAUCACCUUACUUAAAUAAGCACAAGUAUCUGUAUCAAAUAUUAUCAAGUAUAUAAUUUAUACAUUUUAUAGCUUUACCAUUGAGUAUUGAUUUAAGUAUGCAUAUAAAAUAUUUUACACUCCCACCUAAGGCCUACUCUUUGAUCAGCCAUAUACUCUUUUUUUUUUUGGUGAGGCAAUUGGGGUUAAGUGACUUGCCCAGGGUCACACAGCUAGUAAGUGUCAAAAGUCUGAGGCCGGAUUUGAACCCAGGUCCUCCUGAAUCCAGGGCCUGUGCUCUAUCCACUCACUGUGCCACCUAGCUGCCCCAGCCAUAUACUCUUAAGACUUUACCAGAUCUAAAGUAAAUAUAUUUUUAAAAUAGAAUUAAUUGAUUGGGCAUAUGUUUGUCACAUAUAAAUAAUGAACACUCUUUUGGUCCUUAUAAGAGGCACCAAGAAUUUUUUAAUAAUCAUGGGCAUUUGUAAGGUAUUUUGACCCUGUCAAAGGAGGCCUGAUUUAUAAUCAUUUCAUAGUUAUUCAUGCUCAUGGAAUAUAGGUAUAUCAUGGACCAAAUCGUGGUCAGGACUGGCAUCAAUUUAUAUGUUCAAAGAGAUGCCAUAGAGGAACAUAGAUGUACUACAAAUGAUAUAUUCUGACUCUUCACAAUUAAGAAGAAACUAAUAAGAAACAUUUUUAGUUUCCAAAAACCUUUUCUGGAAGCCAGUCUUGUACUAUAGAAAUCAUUUAGUAUUACUGAAUGGUGUUACUGAGAACAUCAUUGAAAUCAUUUAAAGAAACUGGUAAUUUAUUUGAAUAAUUCAAAAAAGAUUGUGUAUUGUGAUAUUUAUCAGGAGUUUAUGUAGUUUCAUUCUACCUCCACCAUUCCAAAAAUAGAGGCCAGUUUUGGUCAUUGAUUUUAAGCCUCUGUCACAACUGGAAAUGUGUAUUUUAACAGAAUGAUUCACUAAAAGAUCAUUUAAUCUGGCAGGUUUGAGUUCAUGAAUAUAAUUUUUUUUCUUUUUGGGUAAGACUUUGUGCUUCUUGUGUAUUGGUGUUAUUGGACUUUGUUCAUUCAUAAUGGAGUUAGUAAAAUAUGCCAGACUUUGAUCCUAGUACAUUGUAUUACAACUGUUCCUAGCCAAAAUUUGUGAUGCUUCUUGUACUGAAGCUUAACUUAUAUCACUAUUUUCAUGGUCUGGUUUCUAAUGCUGGAUUAGGGGGAGUUUUGUGAAUUUAUUUAAAGCUAAUUGUCAUUGUGGUUCUCUAAAUAGGCAUAAAAUCUUGUAAUGCUGAAAUUCAGACUAAUGUUAUCUUUGUGUAACCAUAAUCUAGUUCAGAAUAUUGCCUUGUGAAUUUUAACUGUGUUGUGUAGAUUAUAUAUUAGAAUUGCCACACAAAGCAUUUUCUGUCUUUGACAGAAACUCUGAUAUAAAGGAAAGCAAAUUAAAUCUGUAUAACAAAUAUGUCUCUGUAAAUUGCUUCUAACUGAAUAAAAGAGAAAUACAGAUAAUCUAGCCAACAGUUCCUUUGUAAAGAUAGAUACAGCAUAGGUGAGGGUAUAUGCAUGUAAUUUGCAUAGAUUAGAAUAGCAAAUAUAUUGCCUCCAUAGUAGAACUUUUUCCCCACACUGAGGUGACCACUGUUACCUUCUUUCAAUUUUGAUAGAAUUUUUAUUUCAGACAUUAAAAAACUACCUUUGAAGUUUCUUUCUUUCCUUUCCUUUUUUUUUUUUUAGGUACAGGCUAUUUUUGAUGCUUUUUUUAUUUUGAGAGGUUUUUUUUCUGCUAAAUUAUAAUACUAAGUUGAACCACAAUGGGC